AUGCAACUCUUCCGUCGCUUUUUCCAUUCUUCCCGAGUGAAGGAUAGGAAGUCCAAGAAAACAAUAGCAGUGGCUAAGGCGGAUAGGCGCAGAAAUUCUUUCCUGGCAACUGAUCCAAUGAAGCGACUCACAAACUUCUUUGGAAGCUCCUCUUCCGAAGAGGAUGUUAAGCAACAACAGAAGCAGCAAACACUCGUUGUGACAACGACCGCCGCCCCGAUAACUGCGGGGACCACGGAGCCAACGGACUUGAUGACGGCGGCGGCACCCACGACUCAGAUUCAUUCAUCACAACAAACUGCGCAAGUGGGCCUUCAGGUGCCUCCCACUCCCCCGCUUCCACCAAAAGAAAAUUUCCUCGCGUUACCCGAAACACCUGCUUCCGUUGGUGUGAAUGGUCGGCAGAAUGCUCCAAGACUCUCCAUAUCGUGCCCGUCCCCAGCCUCCACAAAAACAACCCACGGCAUUGGUGAAUCCACGACCCCUCCAAUGAGCGGAUCGAAUCAAAACUAUGGGGGUUUGUCACCUAACCUUCAACCGCUACCGCUAUCCCCGCACCCUAUUUCUCCCAUCACUUCCCCCGGAGGCGGGAACAGAAACUUUUCAGGAGCCUCCUACGCUUCUUUCGCUUCCUACGCAACCACAUCAUCCAGACCCGGUUCUUCACACAUGAAUUUCCCCAUUGCCCCUAGUCCUGCCCCGAGUGAGGUUGCCCGUGUCGCUCUUAGGAAGAAGCGAAGGAAUGGUGGUGGCGGUUUGUUUGGAAAGAGAAAGAAGGAUGACGUGGACGCUCCCACUGCUUGGAGGUUGACGAGGGCGAGCACCGAGCAUUUGGAGGGAUACGAUUAUGCUCCGCUAGCUAAGGGUGAACCGGUAUGAUUGGAUUGCCCAUUUCUAGCCGUUAUCGGGAGAGACAUACCGUUGCUUAUUCUGUUUGCUGACUCAUUUCUUUAAGGUGCCGGAUAUGUGGGAUGACCAAGGAGAUACCUUGGUUUUUCUCGCACCUGGAAACGUGCCGAGCCCUAAAUUUACUGCACCUUCCUUCCGCAUAUCCUCCACUCCGUUGUUAUUUUCGGCGCUCGGUCAAUACGUUGAAGACACACAAUACGGAUCUCCGGAUGGCACAACAAGUCCGGGGGGCACGGGCCUGGAACCUGACGGUUUGUUUCUGGAUGUUCCCGCCGGUCUUCCUCAGCGAUCCUCCAGCCGAAAUUUCUCAAAGCCAGGAACACUAGUCGCCGCGAUGACCGUCAACGAGGGCCAGGACGCCGCAAACGGAGGUUCUUCACCCCCUCCCGAGUUAUCACGAUAUGCUCGGUCUCUCGAUCAGGCCACGUCCCAAGCGACCAUUACCUACAGAGUUUACUAUCCUGCUCUGGAAUUUGGUCCUCGACCUUCCAGUCCGCCAAAGGAUGGCAGGGGGGGGAGGAAGCACAAGCAUAGCAACUCCGUCACCGAUGAAACGAUCCAACGGUUGAUUGAUGCACGCAAUUUGUUCGCGUUCCUAAAUUGUGGUUUCCUGGUCGGGACUGCCGACCGGGAGAUGCCGUUUCACAUUUUGCAAAAGAUCUUUGAGAAGAUUCAGGGACCGGGCCAGUUGGAUUCCGGCGGGCUGGGUGGAGCCGCCAUGGCCGAGAGUAAUUUCCAGCAUUAUGUCGAGGCGCUAACGAUAGAUGACCUGAGGAAUGACGAUGAUGCUAUUGUUGAAGCGCUGAUCCUGGCCGAGAGGUGGAAAUGUUCGGUGUUGUAUCAUGAGGGCUUCGUCCACGCUUGUGGUAGGUGGGAGGAGAUCAAAGGUCAUCCCGGGUUCGCCCAGGUAUCGGAGAGAACCAAGAAGCGUCUUGAUCGGGCAUCGAUCGACAUGCAUAAUGUCCGCAUCGCGAGCGUUUCCGGCCGACUAAGCAACUUUGACUACCCAUCGAUAUUUACCGGAGAUGGAAAAUACCCCGAGUACAAGCCGUGGAGAUUGGCUUUCGAUGCCAUGAGGAAACACACUCUCAGCUAUUACAAGCAUGUUUACGGAUCUUGGCCCCCAAGAGCGGGGAAGAGAGGGAAGGGUGGCGGGUAUAGCGAGACUGGUGGGCUGAACAGAGUUGUGCUGCAAAGGGUUUAUAAUGACUUUUCUGCCCUGUACGAUCUGGUUGUGGAUCGCGAAUGGAUUCAUGGCGAGCGUAUUCACUUUGAAACCCUGUACGGUUCGGACGGGGAUGAUGCGGAGGCUAGGGGGAAGGAGGAAUCUGCUAGAACGACAAUACGGAAGAUUCAGCAAACGUAUGAUCAGUCUGGUAUGCCCGUGCAGCCGAGCAUGCCGUUUGAUCUUCCCCGACUACCGUGCAUUCCGGCCACUCCUCCGCCGACGGCUAGUUCCAAGGCGGCGAAGAAGUUGAAAUCGAAGUCUGGCAAGAAGCUGAAGGGGGAUGAAUUGGGUUCUGUCCUGCGCAGUUCGUACAAUCAGGACUCGUUCCACCGCCAACCGCCGAAUGAGUUUGCGGAGAUGUUCAAGCAGCUGGAGCAUGAGUUCGGAAAUGGAAAGACGGUUGAGGAUCUUAUUGACGCUAGAAGGGGAAGAUGGUUGUUUAUCUAUUGUGUCUGUCAGUCGCUACCGUUGGUGGUGGUGGAUGCUCCUGGUGUUAGGUAUUGUGAUCGUGUAGAGUAUUUCCUGUGCAAGAAUCUCAAGGGGCCAUUGCCAUGGCAGAAAGCCGAUAACCGCCGGGCUAGUAGGUUGAGCGGUAUUUGGGUUCCCGGGCCUGGCGGGUUGCUCUCGGUUGCGGGGGGUGGACAGAAUAAUGUCGACGCUGGUGAUGACGAGAUAGAGUAUGUCUAUAGGAAGAGUCAUUGCUGGACGGUCGCUGAGCAGUGGAGGAUGGUUUCUGGACCGGCUGUUGAGGAUUUGGAGGCGGUCGAGUUGGAGGGCGGGGAGGAUCUUGGGUUUUUGGCCUUCCAGCAGAGCUUGGUGGAUGGUGGUGCGGAUACUGGAUCGCCGGAUGUGUCGCCGGGGGUUACUACACCGCCUUUCCAAGGGGCUUACUUUGGGAUUGAUGGCGUCGUCGAUGCUAAACGGGAUUCUACCCAGUACUAUAAUCCGAACAAUCAGGUUCCACAGAGUCCACAAGAUCAGAUCUGGGCCGGCCAACCGUUACCCGCAAGCGCUCAGGAUCUGUUCCUGGUAUACCAACAGCAACAGGAAUUGCUUAGGAAGCAGUUCGAGCAACAGCUCCAGCUCCAGCAGCAGCGCCAGAGCUACCCCCCAGCGCCUCAAACCUUCCCACCAUUUCCACCAGCGCAGCCAGUCGAAAGUCCCGAGCAAUUCUCCAACUCCUCCAAUUUCUCACCACCACAGACUCUCUGGCCCCUGCAAAUGCCUGAUGAGACCAACACUCAAUACCAACCAUCGGCACAGUCCCCCGACCAGGAAACCGUUCCGCGCACUCAGGAGGAAUUCACAAAGUACCGUCAAGCCCACUUUGAGCAAUUUCAACGUCAAAGACAAGCUACGCCAUCGCCACCCCCGAUCAGGCUUAGCAGCGAGGACCCUGCUGGGAGUCCUAGUCUCAUCGCUCUUCCAGGGGGUCCCAUGGACGAGAAGAGCGGGUUUAUGCUACCGGAGACCCGCUCGUUGUCGCCGCCACGGAAAGCGCAUACUUGGAGUGGACAGUUUGAGCCGCAGGGGAGGGAGGUGGGGUACCCGCAGGGAAGACGGGUUUGAUUGAAUCAAGGGAGGGGUGUUGUGAAUGGAAAAAAUGGGAAAGUGGUGGGGGGUAACUAGAACUCCCUUAUGGACUUUUUUUUGUCAGUCGGUUUGCUUUCCUUUGUUCUGAAAAAGACCUUUUUUUUUUUCCAUCUCUUUUGGUGACACUGGUGACUCUGGUAACUUUCGUUCAGCAUGGAUGGAAGUAAUAGUAAUUUCGGCUCGGGUUGGGGGUUAGAUGGUGUAUUAUAUUUCUUUCUUCCUCUCCCUUUCCUUCUCUCCCUGAUUUGUUUGUGCUGCUCUGCUUUUGUACUGUGAUCUUGCGAGGUGGGAGUGGAGGAUGGGCAGUUGUGGCUUUUGCUCGUUUUUUUCUUUUCAGCGCGUGGAACAUGAGCAUGAGAGUCCUAGUAAGCGCAAUACAAGUAGACUGGUGUGAGUACUGUGUAUCGACCGAAUUUAAAAUAAGUUACUUUCUUACACGCUGGGAUGGGAUGGUCUUGGUUGUCGCAGCAGACACGGCGUGAUAGUGUAUUAAAGUAUAGUUGGUGAAAGCGACAAGGAAUGAAGCGGGGAAUCGGAAAAAGAGUUUUUAAUACAGGUGCGAUAUUGAAUUAACUUGUGUUCUGUACAUGUACACAUCAUAUUUUGGAAAAAUUUCUCGAACGCUUGGUCCCCCGGAACUGCGCUGUAUGGUGUACGGUAGUACUUGCCCAUGGCUUUUUGUCUAGCCGCGGUGAACGUGCUACUACACUAUAGUGCCAUCACGCGGUAUCACUCCCUUCACCAUCCUAAUGUACGGAGGCUAUGGCGGAGCAUAGCAGUAAGUUAUCAGUAA